UUGAAUUGUUAGUCUUGAAGUGACGCGGACAGUGAGCACGUUUUAUUUCGUUGUUGAAAACUUGUGUUCUUGCAGUAUUUUCAUUUUUUUAAUUGUUCAAUUUCCUUGUUUUUUAACUUCAUUUUCAAGUUCAAAAAACCGUAACUUAAUAUUUAAACCGUGGUGGCCAUUGUACUACACAAUGAGUACAACCUUCGCUUAUUACCUGAACCGCAAUGGACUCACCUCGAAAGUGUCCAUCGAGCAGCGAAUCCAAGAAAGCAAGAGUCAAGGCAAAAGUCCGACGAUCAUCAUCGAUCUGAUGUACUAUGACCAGCUUGAAGGGUACCUGUCGCGAUCGAGCACCAAAGUGAAGAUGGGGGAUCUUUGCGGUAUUUCCCGAUUGCGAGUCCAGCGACUGGAACGCUUCGUGGCGAACAUGAAGGACUGGGGCGCUGAGCUGAUUUUCGUUACCAACGGUGCCUUUUUCGAUACCAGCGGACAAAUCAUUCCGGACGAGGAGGAUUCUAAGGGCAACAGCAAGGACUGGCGCUACGAUCUGCAGUGUGCAAUCAUUGAUUACUUGGACAACGAUCACUACAGUCGAGUGGCCGAAGAUGCUCGCUUCAUCCCAAUCGAGCGCAUCUGGACUGAAUCAGUGGUGAAAAUCGCAAGGAAAUAUGGACGGAUUCUGUGGGCCUGGGACAACACUCGUCAUCAAGAGAUUGUGAAAGUGGCUUCGGUCAACGACGCCCUCGCUAUAAUAUCUAAGCACUUUGCCUUGUUGAUGUAUAGUGGGUUGGCAUUCCCCCGGUACAAACUUUGGUCGUUGGUGGACUGUACUGUAGAAUCUAUGAUGACGGUGGAGUAUGAUCCUUUGACUAUUAGACGAUCACUGCGUUUGUCCGCCAAACAGAUGAGACUGCUGGCAGCUCUCUCGGAUCGGUAUUAUGCCACAGCGACAUUCCGUAACUUCACUCAACGAAUGAAAAUUAAUGAACGAUCGUUCGUAAGCCUGGUUGCGUAUGUCAGAAAGACUGCUGGUAAUUUGCAGGAACUAGACUAUCUUAAGAUCGCACGUGAUCUUUUCGGAGAAGAGAGAUAUAUAGAAAAGUUCGAUGAGUUCAAGGCGGUUUGCGAAAGUUAUGACAUCAGCAAGAUCACGUUGUCCACUGAGCAGAACAACGAUUCGGUCAGUAUGCAACUGAAGAAGCAAGACUCGUUUAACUACGACAUUUACCAUGGAAUUAAGUUUACCGUGUCGAUCACGUUUGUCGAUUACCGUUAUUGGAAAGAAUAUGAUGUGGAUUUUUUCGAAGUUUGUAUGGCGCUCUACAGACGUAUCAGUGGAGUAAUCAUGCAGCACAAAAAAGACCCCACCUUGAUGCGUUAUGUCAAUAUCAAGCGAAGCCACGAAGAACCGUACGGUGUCCUUGAACUGGAGCCAGAAUACCCGGAAGAAAUUAUCGUACCUUCGUUGGAGUUUUUGAUGGCGGAAAGGCCAACUGCGACAGUGCCGGAUUUUAACAUUCGCUUGCUGGAGUUCAUCACUGGUAUGGAGUUGGAUCGGUCGGCGCUGGAGUUUUUCUGGAAAACCGACCAGCGCUCACAACUGCAGGACAGUCUGACGUUGCGCUAUAUGGUGAAGCUCAACAUGAUGGAGCCUCACGAAGCGGAUAUAUUUCUGCUGGGAAUUUAUCGCUGUCGUCGAGAGGCACCACAGGCGCAAACUUUGCCGAACAAUAUAAACCUUCGUGCGUUCCAUUUGUACUUUGUCUACAUAAAAAUGCGCACACUAGUAAAGCAUAGUUUUUACGGUGCGGGGUUGGAUGAUACUUUUAUGGACGAAUGCUACCUCGAUGGCAUAUUGUUCCAGAAUUUGUUCCAGCAAUGGCAGUCAACUGGUGAAACUGAUGGCUUCCGCGAGGAAAUCGCACCGCUGAAACGUUUCCGAUUGUACUGAUUUGCGGGCUUGAUUUGAUUUUUGUUAAAUCGUUCUGAAGUCAGAUUUUUAGUAUAAGUUUUGUUAGAGGAAACACUGUCAGACGUUCUAAUCUUUGUACAUACGUCGAUUUAGGUGUUCUAUCGGAAUAUCUCGCAGUACUCAUUCAACGCGAUCGUUUUAUACACAUAGAUAUUUGUGAAUGUGGAAACAUAAAUGGGACUCUUCUUUUGUAACGUUAGUAUCCGGUUGAUUCAAGGCUUCAAUGUCAGAUAUAUUGCUUGUCGUCUCUGUAUAUUUGUUUUAUACUUCGAGAAUUGAAAACAUACGAAGAACGUGUGCUCAAUAGUCAUCAUCAAACGUUGUUUUGGUAUCUUAAAAACACUUUCAAUAAACUUAACAUCCGUCCGCGGAUGAUGGACUCGAUAAA